AGGCCGCGCGUGCGCAGUAGCUGUUAAGCCCGAGAGCCGAUCUAGUGCAGCAUUCCCGUUUCCAAACGCACAGGAGCGCCGCUUUUUUACAUCGCGCUACCCCAUCCAGACAUUUGAACCGGUGGGAAGACGCUGUUAAAGAAUAAGCUCCCAAACAUGUCUGUGGGUAAUGACUUUGGAAAUCCUUUAAGGAAAUUCAAACUCGUCUUUCUUGGAGAGCAAAGCGUGGGAAAGACGUCCCUGAUCACACGCUUCAUGUAUGACAGCUUUGACAACACGUAUCAGGCGACCAUUGGAAUUGACUUCCUGUCAAAAACCAUGUAUUUGGAGGACAGAACGUCUGGUUUUUCUGACUUGCAGGUUAGGUUGCAGUUGUGGGACACGGCAGGUCAGGAACGUUUUAGGAGCCUCAUCCCAAGCUAUAUACGGGAUUCCACUGUAGCUGUGGUGGUGUAUGACAUUACAAAUGUUAACUCCUUCCAGCAAACAUCUAAAUGGAUCGAUGAUGUCAGAACGGAGAGAGGAAGUGAUGUCAUCAUCAUGCUUGUGGGCAAUAAAACAGAUCUUGCAGAUAAGAGGCAAAUCACGAUCGAGGAAGGCGAGCAGCGGGCCAAGGAACUAAGCGUGAUGUUUAUCGAGACCAGUGCUAAGACGGGCUACAACGUCAAACAGCUUUUUCGACGCGUGGCGGCUGCCCUCCCAGGAAUGGAGAGCAUGCAGGAGCCUAGCAAAGAAGGCAUGAUUGACAUUAAAUUGGACAAACCACAGGAGCCUCCGACUAGUGAGGCCGGGUGUUCCUGUUAAUAGCUCACAUCUGAUUUCACAUCUCAUUUACACCACAUGCUUAUUGUGUUGCUUCCUCUUGGUUAGCUUCCAGUUGUGUUUUCAGAUUGGAUAUUCGGCCUUCCCAUCUGACUUUUGGUAACUGGUUGGAGUCAGUGUUACAUCAAUUUUAACUGUAAAAUAGUGUACUUUAUUAACAAAAAUUGCCAAAAAUCUUAAAAAUUCGAAAAGCGAAGGGCAAAAAUCAACAAAAUGUCGACUAUGUCCAACAUGUAUACUUUUUGAAAAUGUAGAGUAGAUUUUUUUCCUUUGUUUUGUAUUUUUGUAUACAAGAAAAAGCACUAAAACAGAUGCAGACAAGAAAGUAUCAUUUUGCCAUAACAAGCAGGAUUAGAGUUUAAAGAGUUCAGAAAAAAAGAUGGCAAUUUAAACAGAACAUAACAAAUACAAAAGAUUGCAUGCUAGCCGUAUUAGCACCUCGGUCCUGCUGUCUAAUGUGCACAAGAAUAUGUUUAUUUUACAUGUUAAUCAAUGCACUUCAUCAAAACUAGUUAUUUGAGAAUUUUUCCUUUUGUUGAUAUGAACAUUGAACUGAAUUUAUUUAUUUUUUUGUUUUGUGCAAAUUUGUGCAAAAAUCUUAUCAACUGUGUGAUUUUCAGAUCCCCAGAAUCUUUGCCACAUUCCGGUGUGAAUCUUUUUGUACACUGUCCCUCAUGUUUUCCAUUGGCACAGUUAAAUGAAUGUUUGCUGCAUAUAUUUUUUCUUGAUGAUUUCCUAUGUGUAAUGAAAUCCGUUUGCGUAAUCUUGGCUUCCUAUGAACUUAGUCUAAAAAUAGGAAAGGCUCCGCCCCCUUCUGCAGAAUUUAUCUUUAACCUGACAGGUUCUUUGUUAGGUGUGGAAUACUAGGCAAAAUGUCCUGAGCCCCUCGGUCUAUGAUGGAGCCCCUAAAAAAAACGAGCAUUUAGUAAAUUCCAGGUAGUGUAAGGACUUGGCAGAGAAGCAAAUCAUGCACAUCUUAACUAAGUCACUGAUAUUAAACUUAUUGAAAGAAUAAGUUUGCACGUUAGCCAUUUCCACAGCGAUUCACUGAACAUAGUCAAAUGUAAAUAUAUAUCAGCUCUUUGUUUUUAAACUGGCUGUAAUAUUUACCUUAAAACGAGUGAUGGGACUUUCCACCAAAUAACUAUAGUUCACUUUUCAGAAUUAGCAUUAUAAAGCAUUAGUGUUUCAUAGUCUUGUAUAGGGAACCACUCAUGUGGACAGCUGCUUUUUGAGUCAGUAAACUGUAGUGACCAGGGGGGACACAUGUUGUGAAGUAUCAGUUUAUUUCAAUUGUAUUUCAUGUGAAUCUUUAAUGCACUUUUUUUGAGAAAGAUGUAAAUGUUUCAAUUGCUGUAAAAUCACUGUCUUUAAAACACUUAAGGGUUAAAGCUGUAGCGUUCAUCUCUCUGUGAAACUCUCCCGGGGGUUAUAGAUAAGCUAUUUGUAAAGUAGCUUUACAUUAUGGCAGGUACAAGUCAAGACUUGCUAUUUGUGUCUGAGAGAAAUUACCCCACCUACUGUAGGAUUUACCAAUAUGAGGCAAGUACAAGUGUAAAUUGCAUAAUCACAUGACAUAAACACAUAUGUAUUUACACAUUAUGAAUGAUGUCUGUGCUGGGAUAUUGUACGACAGAAAGAUGAUCAUAUUCUGUAGUGCUUGUUUUUUUAUUUAAAUCCAACAGCAUUUUAUUAAAAUUGGAUACAAGUCAUUUAUUUACCAUAGACUCAUCCAGCAAAGUAAAACCAUUUGUUUUAUAUGCUUGUGCUGCUUUUACGGAAAUCCCUUUGAACCCUUCAUGUGGAAAUAUGUGAGAUGGUGCAGAAAAUGUACUGUAUAGCUGGACACUCCAUGCAAAACAAAAGGAAACCUGAUUUAUCUGUGCUAUUCACUGUUCAGAAGUCAAAUGUAACUUUAAAAGAUCACUAAUGGCUAUGAUAUUAUGUUAACUGGAUGGGGUAUUUAUUGGUUAUGACUUUGACUUUUUGUUUACAUUUUCCUUUUACUUAAUACUUUGUUUUAUAAAUUUGCUACUAACCUGAAGUAAUCUUAUUUGGAAUGAAUAAGGUGCAGAUAAGCCUCAUGUACUGUAUGGAAUCAUAUCAUCAGUGUACCUGUAAUACCGGUAGUCAUUGUGAUAUUGAGAAAGCACUACAUAAGCCUUGGGCGAAUGUCUGUGUGUGAGUUAAAUCAUGCUUUUGAAAGUGCAACCAUUCCCAGUAUAUAUGUUUUAGUUAAGUGGAGCCGACCGGAUUGAUUCAGAGCGAGCUUUACAAUUCACACUGUAUAGAAAUCUAGCAUGUUGGUCCAAAUCAGUAAAAUCAAUAAAAGUGUCUUAUUACCAAAAAAAGU